AUGGCCCGAUCCCGACGCUCCAGCGCAACAAGUGACGGCCACGAGCGCCUCGAACCCCGCCUCCUCCGCGCAGUCGAGCAAGAUGACCUCGAGUCCCUCCGGACCAUCAUCGGCCUAUCCCGCGAACAUGGCCAAUUCAGCGACGCAUUCCUGCGCGUGGGGCUGAUGCGCAGCGCGGAUCGCGGCAGCGUGCGUGCCACGGAAUUCCUCCUCUCCCUCGGCGCAAAGACAGAAGUCACCGGGAAUAGGUUAUCGCCCUUACUCCGCGCCGUCGAGCGCAAUCACUACGAAAUCGUAAAAUUGCUGCUCGACCACGGGGCGGUGCUGGACUCAGCGGAUAAGGAGGGCCGCACGGCGCUCAUGAGCGCUGCGUGGCGCAAUCAUGCCGAGACCUUGAAACUGCUUAUUGCACGCGGUGCGGAUGUGAAUGCGCGCGAUCUGCGGAGGAGGAAUGCGCUGCAUAAUUUGGCUGCCGAUAAGGAGUGUCGCUCUGGUUGGGGUGAUGAUAUUGUGGGACUGUUGCUGCGGACCGAGUGUCAGAUUGAUGGACCCGGGGGUCAGGAUGAAUUGGGACGCACGCCGCUGCAUUGGGCGUGCGCAACGGGGAAUCGACGGUUCGCUGAGUUGCUGCUUACACGACCGGAUGGACCGAGGGCGCAGAUUGAUGCCGCCGAGCUGAGAGGGAAGACGGCGCUGCAUAUUGCGACGGCGCAUGAUCGCGAGGAUAUCGUACUGCUGUUGCUGCAGCAUGAGGCGGCAGUUAAUGCCUGCAGUGAUGGUGGCUGGACGCCGCUACAUAAUGCGUGUGAGAGGGGCUCUGUGGCUAUUGUGAAGACGCUGUUGCGCGCCGGAGCUCAUAUCAACAGCCAGCUUUUGAACGGCGUGACGCCACUGCAUCUUGCGGCGCAGGGUGGUCAUACCGAAGUGGUGGAGUGUCUGCUGGAGAGACCGGAUCUCAAACGUCGAGUGCGGGAUAAUUUCGGGAGCACGCCGUUCCUGCGCGCGGCGCAGUUCAAGCGCAAGGAUAUUGUCCUGCUGCUGGCGCCGUUCAAUAAUGUCGAGUCUCUUUCCGAGGAUGCACGGAAUGCCUGUCGGGCAUUCGAUGCCACUGUGGUUGAUUUCGGUAACUUCCAUAACGAAAACCGCGUCAAGCGCAUCUCUGUAUUUGAGCUGCUCUAUGGCAAAGACGCAGAGAAUCCACGCAAGCAGGCCGUCACAACUCUACCGGCUGACAGUCGAGCCACUGAUUUCCGCUGGAUCCAUCUCCCGGCUAACAAUAUGGCUUGGGUGGAGGCGCUGCUCACCAAGUCGUUUAUUGAAGAGGGUGCCCACGACGUCGAUGGAUUCAAAGGCCUGGAGAAGUCAUUUAAUUACCAACACCGCGGCCAAAGGACUCACUCGCAUUUCAUGCGUCCGUUGUGCCAGAAUACUCCUCGCAGCGCACGGCGUCGAGAAGAGGAGAGCAGCUGCGAGGAGCAGGCGUCAGAUGCUGCUCAAGCUAAAACGCCAGAUCCUGGUCCCCUGCCCGCUGGUCGCAAGCAAAAGGAAACCGGCGGGAAGCCCAAGCGGGUCGAUUCAUAUUCUCUCGAUGAGGGAUCGGUGAAGAAGAGCAAGGGGAAUCAGAAAAAAGCCGGCGGCAAACCAGGCAGCGGUCCCAGCACGCCCAGGUCUGAGAAUAGACCACAGCAACCAAAAUCAUCGCUCACUACUUCCACGCUAUGUAAAGACCCCCUGGUCUCUGCAUGCAACGUCUGUGUCUACCUACCAUAUCUGCAUUUCGAGACCGCAGAACGACGGCAGAAGAUGCAAGAGGCCAUUCAACGAGCAGAAAAGAUGGAUUCUCUUUUCCAGCCGCGCGGACUCAGCAGGGCUCGUACGAGGGAUGAAAUGCUGCUUGACGCACAUCUGUCGUCUUCGUCAACUUCUCUCCAUGUCCGCCGCACGCUGGACCAGUUUUUUUACCCGAACAUCGAUACCCAGAGUCGUGAUCAGGAUCAAGUGGUCUACCGCUACCAGACCAAAGGUCCCGGCCGCGCAGGAUCAGGCGAGGAUCCCAAGAUUUUCAUGGUGGAUCAGUUGUGGAUGUGGGUGUUGGGCACGAAUCUGAUCGUCACUGGGUUUCCGCAGCGGUGGGAUCAGCCCAAGAAUGAUCCGCUUAACGUGCUCGACGGGAUCAUCGAGGAUAUCAACUCCAAGACGCGCGAGCCUGUUAAGUCGCUUUAUGAUCUAGCGAUUAUCAUUACCAACCGAUGUUCGGGCGUAUUUGAUCGUCACCGCUUGGGCGAUGAUGAAUAUCAAUUCCUGGAUAUGUUCGAGUCGUCUAUUGGCAUUGCCACGGAUAAAGAGACGGUCCUCUUCAAUCGGUUUAACCGUGCCUCCUCACAAGCAUCGGGGUGGCUCAAGAGCCAUCGCAAGUUAAACAAACCCCUCCGCAACUCAUCUCGCUCUUUUUCGGGCAACCCAGCAGACGAGGACGACGCCGCAGAUGACGAUGACUUGGAGAAUGACGAGGGCCAACCGCUCUUCGUCGACAGACUGCUGGACAUCGGCCAGGAAACCGAUCUUCUAGCCGAGACCAAGGACAUCCGCGACGAGCUCAACAUGAUCCGCACAGUGCUCGAACACCAGAAGCACGUCCUCGCCGAUUUCCAAGAAGUGAUCUGCGAGAUCUAUUACGGGCAGCAACGCUCUCAGUACGAGGUAAAAAAACGGUUCAAGGACCAGCAGCGCACAAUCGACAUGCACCUAAAGGACAUCGACCGCAUGGACAAGCAGGCCGAGCGCAUCUACCACUCCAUUACCGAUCUUCUAGAUCUCAAACAAAAACACGCCAACGCCUUCGAGGCCCGCUUCGCGCGCGACCAGGCCGCAGGUACGACGCGACAAAGCAAGACCAUCAUGGUCUUCACCAUCGUAACCAUCAUCUUCCUACCGCUAUCCUUCAUCACGUCCAUAUUUACCAUUAACAUGAAAGAAUUCCAGAACCUAAAUCUGGGCUAUGUCGCCAAGUACACGUUCGGCGUCGGCUUCGCCAUCUCCAUCCCCCUGAUUCUGGUUGCGCUCUCAGUCGAUGAUAUCAGUGACUUCUUCGGUACCCUCCGCGGCCGGGGUUGGCUGUCUCGGCGGAGGAAAGCAGCUGAACUCUCAUCUGCAGGUGACUCGCUGCAGGCGCUGGAGAUUGAGAAGAUCCUGAGCUUGGCUCGCUCGCGCAGAAGCGCUGAGUUGGACUAUGGGCCUAGCUUGUUGCCUAUUUCUACGCGUGGCAGUGCAAGGCCAUCGACCUUUCAGCGGACUAGCGUGGAAAAUGCUAGAUCCUAUCAACGAUAA